AUGAGCCAACAAUUCCAUGGCUCCCAGCAGCAACACAGCAGGGGCGGCGGUCGAAAGAAGGAGGAUGACAACGAUGCUCUAAUGCGCCUGCCUGACAAGGAAAUCGCAGGAUGUAUCAAUGAUAUCGGCAUUCCUUUCACCGCGGCGGACUUGGUCAAGCCCAACCCGCAACAGAUCCAACAGGUUUUCGAAUGGUUUGCGAAGAUUGUCAUGAAUAUCACCCGUGAUACGGUAGAGCCUGGGAUGCGCGUCGCAGCGGAGGACGUUGGUGGUGACUAUCCAGACAUCGUGCCUACCGAAACGCGCAAUCUGAUGGGUUUUUUUGGUAGCUUGCGGCGGUUGAUGAUGGAGUGCGGAGUGCACGACUUCACGUUUACAGACAUGACAAAACCCACGCACGACCGACUAGUUAAGAUAUUUUCAUACCUCAUCAACUUCGUCAGAUUCCGCGAGUCCCAAAACGCCGUCGUGGAGGAACACCUGAACAAGUCCGACAAAAUCAAGACGCGCAUCGAGACCCUCUACGAGGAAAACCAGGAUAUGGGACGACAUCUGGACGAGAUGCGGCGCAACCUCAAGGCCAAUGAGACCCAAGUGAAGGAGAAAGUUCGACGAAACGACGAGCUCAAGGCGCGACUGCUCGAAUUAAGACGCAACCAGGAACGAGUCGCCGAUACUCUGGAGCGGGUCAAGACAGACAAGGGGAAACGGCAAACAAGCUUGGAAGAAAAGACGGAGAAGGUCGUCCGCACUCGGCAGGAGGUGGAAAAGCUUCGUCCCUACGUUAUGGAAAGCCCGGGUACCCUCCAGGCUACUUUGACCGACCUUUCGGAGAAUCUGCUGCGCGAAAAGGCUCAGAUCGAUGCGAUGGAGAAGAGAGCGAGAGCGCUGCAAACCUCGUCGGAUACGUUUACGGUUGUGAGCAAUGAUGUGCAGGCUUGCAUUAAACUUCUUGAGGAUAUAUCUGUGGAGCUGCAAAAGGAAGAGGAAGAGGAAUCGCGAGCGUCUCGGAACAAGGAAGCGAUCUCUGACCGAGGAAACAAUGUGAGGGAGGUGGAGCAAACAGAGAAAUUGCUUCAGCGACAGCUGGCGCGGUGGAACGAGAGGAUCGAAGCUCUCCGAAAGAAUGCUCAAGAAAAGGCAGAUGCGGCACAAGGCCGUAUGGAGGAGCUACGAAAUGUCCAGAAACAACUCCGUGAGGAACGUGCAGAAAAGCAACGGGACAUGGAGAGAAGGAGAAUCAAGAUCGAACAGAUCGAGAAGAAGAUGGUCGAUCUCAAGGAGAACAUCGAGAGUGAAAUCCAGAGCGCCCACGAUGAAUAUCUGAAGCUCGAAUCGCAUAUCAAGCUUUACAUCACCGACAUGGAGAAAUGUCUAUGA